AUGCGCUGUGUCACCGAUCAAGGAAAGAGCCAAAGAUGUCGACUCGGUCAUGUGAUCAGCUGUGUCCAAUCACAGCUGAUCACAUGGCACUGAUGAUCAGUGUGCCCUAAUGAUCAGUGUAGCCCCAUCAGUGCCACCUGUCAGUGUCCAUCAGUGCCUUAUCUCAGUGCUCAUCAGUGCCUCGUGCCAGUGCCCAUCAGUGCCAUAUCAGUGCCACAUAUCAGUGCACAUCAAUCCCACAUAUCAGUGCUCAUCUGAGCUGCCUUUCAGUGUUACCCAUCAGUGCCAGUCAGUGCCACCUAUGAAUGUCAAUCAGUGCCACCUAUCAGUG